CAGUCAGAGAGCAAUCCACAACCACUAUAUUUCUGUGUUGAGUUUCAUGAGAGAAUAACGUUUUUUUUAGUGGGAUUGAUGUCCAUGAAGCUGUUUUUUCAUAACUAACUGGCGAAAUAAGGAUAUUUACAAAGAUGGACGACAUCGAUGCUAUGUUCAGCGAUCUGCUGGGGGAGAUGGACCUCCUCACUCAGAGUCUCGGAGAGGAAAUAGGGCCUCCUGAACCUCUCCCCACCAAAGACAAGGAAGUCAAUUACUCCAUCGGCUUCACUGACCUCAAUGAGUCCCUCAAUGAACUGGAGGAUACAGACUUGGAUGCACUUAUGGCUGAUUUGGUGGCUGACCUCAAUGCGACUGAAGAGAAACUCGCAGCGGGGAUAGAAGAUCUGAAGGUGAUAUCGCCGCCCAAGCAAGAUUUGCCGCCCCCACCCACAAGCCACGCUUCCCCGACGUCGCCUGCAAGUAGCACCAGCAGCAAUGCUACCACCCCAUCGUCUUCUGCCGCCUCCCCCUUACCACCUCCGCCCCCACAGGGUGCAAAGCCUACAAUGGAGGAAAUUGAGGCACAGAUGAAGGCGGACAAAAUCAAGCUCGCUCUUGAGAAGCUGAAGGAAGCUAAAGUGAAAAAGUUGGUGGUGAAGGUGCUGUUGAAUGACGGCAGCUCCAAGACUCUCAUGGUGGACGAGAGGCAGAACGUCAGGGAUGUUCUGGACAACAUGUUUGAGAAGACUCACUGCGACUGCAAUGUGAGCUGGAGCCUGGUUGAGACAAACCCUGAGCUGCAACUGGAGCGGACAUUUGAAGACCAUGAAAACCUUGUGGAGCUAGUCUCAGCGUGGACAAGGGACAGCGAGAACAAAGUCCUCUUUCAAGAGAGGGGGGAAAAAUACGAGGUUUUCAAAAACCCACAGAUCUUUUAUCUAUGGAAAAAGGAUAAGAAAGCUCUGAAUGAAAUAAAGGACAAAGACAAAGAGCUUUUAAUAAAGGAGAACUUCUGCGGGACUUCCAUCAUCGUGCCCGAUCUUGAGGGGGUGAUGUACCUCAAAGAGGACGGCAAGAAGUCGUGGAAGCAGCGGCUCUUCCAGCUGAGGGCCUCAGGAAUUUACUACGUGCCCAAAGGGAAGACUAAGUCAUCCCGUGAUCUCGUCUGCUUUGUCCAACUUGACAACUUAAAUGUCUACUACGCCAAAGACUUGAAGACCAAAUACAAAGCCCCUACCGACUUCUGCUUUGUUCUGAAGCAUCCUCAAAUCCAGAAGGAUUCUCAGUAUAUCAAGUACAUGUGCUGUGAUGAUGACUGGUCCAUGAAACUUUGGCUCACUGGAAUACGCAUUGCAAAGUAUGGCGUGUCGCUGUAUGACAACUUUAAAACAGCCGAGAAGAAGGCUGCCAUCAACUCUGCGUGGACGAACCGCAGCACUCCAUCCAGCUCCAAUCCAUCAACGCCCUCACCCACUAUCAAAGCCAAAACACCAAGCCAGGCCAAUGGGCACGCUACAAAACCCCCACCAAGACCUGAUUCUAAGGACUAUGGAAAUUUACCGCCUCCACCACCAAUGACAGAAGUCCUCCCCCCACCACCUCCAGACCCAGCCUUCCCUCAUCCACCAUCUCCUUUGUUCGCCAAGAGUUCCUCAAAACCUUUGCCUCCCCAGCGACACCUGCCAACCAACUUCCCUCCACCUCCGCCUGCAAUGGACAACCUCCCUCCUCCGCCGCCACCCCCAUCCAUGGACGACAGCUCAGAGGCUCCACCAGACUUCCUCCCUCCCCCUCCUCCGGCGGCUAGCUUUGGUUCUCUGCCACCACCUCCACCGGCUAGUUUUGGCAGCAUGGACCAGUCUCUGCCUCCUCCACCACCAGAUCCAGAGAUCUUACCACCGCCUCCAUCUCAGCCAGUAUUUAUAGGGGCUGGAGCACCUCCUCCACCUCCGCCACCUCCUCCGCCUCCUGCUGCGCCCCCAAAAGCAGCAUUGCGGCCUUCUGGGUCAGUGAAGAAGGUCCCUCCUGCUCCGCCAAAGAGGACUACACCAACGCAAGGAGGAGAUGGAGGAGGAGGAGAUGGUGGAGACUUCAUGUCAGAACUGAUGCUUGCCAUGCGGAAGAAGCGUAGCGAUAAUUAGCCUGAAGAGGGUAUUAUCUGGAAAUAAAAAUACCACUUAAGCCCAAUUUCCACUGGGUCCGUCAGCGGCACGUUACAGCUGCGCCGCGGUCACCGGAGCUGAUAGGUACCACUAUAAUCAAUGAGAGUAUUUCCACAGGGAGCGUGUCAGCAACGUCCCAGCAGCGGCUCUCCGCGCCGCAGCGCCGCAGCAUUUCUAUU